AUGGCUGCUGUUCGGCUUACUUCCGGCCAUUUCCGCCAGGGUUGCUGCUGGGUUAUCCGCUCCCGCUGCCAGCCCACCUGCGCCUCCGCCUCUUCGUCCUCUGUAUUAAACACGGGGAGUCGCUCUUUCUCGACGGUCGUGGGAAGGCCUGCAUCUAUAUCUGCGUCUUUGUCUUCUCUGUCUUCGUUGUCUUCGUCUGCAUACGUGCGUCCUGCGCUGCCGAACGCUCUUGCUCACCAGUCUCUUGUCCACGGAAGAAACCCCUACACACGCAACAUGUCGGCUGCCAGGCGGAAGAUCGUGGUCAAGAACCCGAUCGUCGAGCUCGAUGGUGAUGAAAUGACCCGAAUCAUCUGGCAGGAUAUUAAGGACAAGGUAUGUUGUUCAUGUCCCCGCAGAUACCUUGAAGUUGACCUCAAGUACUAUGACCUCGGCCUUGAGUAUCGUGAUCAGACAGACGACCAAGUCACUGUUGAUGCCGCAGAGGCCAUUAAGAAGUAUGGCGUUGGCGUCAAGUGUGCCACCAUCACCCCUGACGAGGCUAGAGUGGAGGAGUUCAAGCUGAAGAAGAGCAAGUCUACCACUCCGGGCUAUAUAUUCUAUCCCGUCUUGCUAACACCCUACCUCAGUGUGGCUAUCUCCCAAUGGAACCAUCAGAAACAUCCUCAGAAGCGCGUAGGGAGAUUGCUAACACACUGCAGAGGAGGAACUGUCUUCCGUGAACCCAUUGUCAUCCCUCGCAUUCCUAAGCUCGUCCCCGGCUGGAAGAAACCGAUCAUAAUCGGCCGUCACGCUUUCGGUGAUCAGUACCGGGCCACAGACCGCCUCAUCCCCGGUCCUGGCACCCUCGAGCUCGUUUACACACCCGCCGGCGGAGAGCCAGAGCGCAUCCAGGUAUAUGACUUCAAGGGCCCCGGUAUUGCACAAACACAGUACAACCUCGAUGAAUCCAUUCGAGGAUUCGCACAUGCCAGUUUCAAGCUGGCUAGCCUUAAGAGCCUGCCCAUGUACAUGAGCACCAAGAACACUAUCCUGAAGAAGUACGAUGGCCGUUUCAAGGACAUCUUCCAGGAGAUCUACGAUAAGGAGUACAAGGCCGACUUCGAGGCCAAGGGUAUCUGGUAUGAGCACCGUCUCAUUGACGACAUGGUUGCUCAGAUGAUCAAGUCUGAGGGAGGCUAUGUCAUAGCCAUGAAGAACUACGACGGUGACGUCCAAUCCGAUAUCGUUGCCCAAGGUUUCGGCUCUCUCGGACUCAUGACCUCUACCCUGACCACCCCUGACGGUGAUGCCUUCGAGUCUGAAGCUGCCCAUGGCACUGUCACCCGCCACUAUCGCGAACACCAGAAGGGUCGCGAAACCUCUACCAACCCCAUCGCAUCUAUCUUCGCCUGGACCCGAGGCCUGGUUCGUCGCGGCCAGCUCGACGAGACUCCAGAGGUUGUUAACUUUGCUGAGCAGCUUGAGCGUGCUUGCGUUGAAGUCGUUGAUAUUGAAGGCAUCAUGACCAAGGAUUUGGCCUUGGCAUGCGGAAAGAAGGAUAGAGAAAGCUGGGUUACCACCAAGGAGUACCUUGCUGCUGUCGAGAGACGGCUGCAGAAGAAUUUGGGUGAGGAGACUAAGCUGUAG